AUGGAUCCCGAAAGAGAGAGUUUGCUCUCAUACCACGAGACGCAGCGUGAAAGAACACAACAGCUGCUUUCGCACGAGAUCACAGCGAGUGCGCAAGCUAAUGAAGAUUACCCUGUUGAUCAUGGCAAAGUGGCGUGGAUGCAGGUUCUUGGUGGAUUUAUUCUGUUCGCGAACAGUUGGGGCUUACCGAAUGCAUUCGGUGUUUUCCAAACAUACUACGUCGACACCUUGAUGCCGGAGCAGGACGCGUCGCGUAUUGCCUGGAUCGGAUCGAUUCAGCUUUUCUUCACUACUAUCGGUUGCUUGCCAGGCGGUGCGCUGCUUGAUCGGGGAUACCUCAAAAGUAUCAUCGCUGUUGGCACGGGCCUCGAGGUACUGGGUUUGAUCCUGACUUCUUUCUUCAAGAGCUAUUGGGCCAUCUUCUUCGCUCAGGGAGUGUGCAUGGGCAUUGGCAGCGGUUUGAUGGCGAUAGUGCCCGUCGCUGUACUAGCCAUGUUCUUCGAGAAGAAACGUAUGCUGGCUACUGGUCUUGCAUCGACUGGUGCUAGCGUUGCUGGUAUCGCCUACACUCUCUCCUUGCGCUCGCUCUUCCUCAGCGUCGGGUUCACGUGGGCUGUUCGCAUCUUUGCGCUCAUCAUAUUGGUGACCAACGCCGUCGCUUUUGUGGUGAUGCGCUUGCAGCUUCAGUACGGAUCCAAGGGCUGCAGCUUUGGCUUUCACCACUUCAAAGAUCUGCCAUACACCUUCUUUGUCGUCGUAUUCACGCUGUUCGUCGCGUCCUCGUUUGUGCCGUUCUUCUUCAUCCAGGAGUACGCUAUCAAGCUCGGUGUGUCGAAGGAUAUGGCAUUCAACCUGUUGUCGAUCAUGAACGCCGCCAAUAUCUUUGGGCGUUUUGUUCCAAACUUCAUCGCCGACAGGUACGGCGGUGUUAACACCCUACUUCCUCUCACCGUCGCCUGCAUCAUCACCCUUUGCAUGCUACCCCUCGCUCAGGAAUUGAACGGUCUCAUCGCUAUCAGCAUCGUGUACGGCUUCCUUUCUGGCGGCGUGAUAAUUAUCCCUGGGCCCACAAUUACGAAUCUCUCUCCCAACAAGGCCUCAAUUGGCGUACGUCUCGGAUUGGCGUAUCUUGUUGCUGCUUUCGGCGGGCUGCUCGGUAACCCUGCCAUGGGCGCACUCAAGGGCGAGGGGAAUGGCGCGGUAGAAAACUUCAAGGGUGUGUGGUUCUGCGCGGCAGGCGUAAUGGGUGUGGGUGCCGUAGCUCUUAUCGCCACGCGAUGGCUCAAGUUGGGUAGCUUGUGGGCUGCAGGCAGAGUAUGA